AUGACCAACAUCCAGCAGGAGCAGCAGCAACAGCAGCAACAACUACUGCACAUGAGUUAUUGCAUUGUCGCCGGCGUCGUCAUGAUCAGACUGCGGCUUGAGCAGUUUUAUGUCAAAUCUUUUGUACCAGAUGAUAUAUUCGCGGAGUAUGACAUCGUCGACUAUGAGAAAAUCAAUGUGAAUCUCACAGUUCAAGUUCCCUUUCCUGGCAAGCUCCUCAUGCACAUUUUCGUAAGGAAGCUCUCGGAUCAAGUGGGUGGUGCGAACCACUUCGAUCUGAUUCGCAUGACGAACAUGGAUCUCUGCAAGCUCCUCGAUUCACUUCGCAAUAUCACAGUGGAGGAAAUACCGGGCGAAAGCCUCUUGCCCUCGACUUUUGUUGUCUCAUGUCCUUUGGUUCCCGGUUUCUAUUUCGUGGAGAAUAGCGUAAUUGAUUCCAAAUUGGUUCCUUUCUGCAUUCCUGAUGGCAGAUAUAUGGUACUUUUUGAGCUAAUACAAGUCUACGAGGAAGUCAUGAAGCUGAUUUCCUGCAGAAUCAAGUUUUCCAUCAAGACACCAACUGGAUACUCGGAACCAACGCUGUUUAAAAAUACUAAGGAAAAUAAAGCGACUGAGAAGCCAGUGGAGAAAAACGAAGAAGCAAGUACAGAGGUUACUCAGUCGAAAGAAGAUAGUUCGGAAUUAUCAAACGAUUACGAAUAA